AUGUCAAACCCGCCGUCCGAUCCCGAAGAUACCUUGCCUUACCCCCUGGUGACACCUGCCGCGCCUGCCCAACAUGAUUGCUCAGCGGAGGUCGAACAAGCUCGGCCCAACCCACGUCACCACUUGUUGCAUUCACCGCAGCAAAACCUGUCCCAGGGGGCUCCACAGGCAUCCUCCCCGUCGCGGGCGGAAUCCCCCACAAUUCGUCAAUGGACCCAGCCUGCACCUCCGUUCACUGUAAAAAGGGCUCCCACGAACCCGCAGGCCAUUUUUCCCCGCCCGGAAACCUUCUACAGUCCACAAUUGUCCGAAAGAGAUAGUAUCUUUGCAACCCACUACCUUCCUACCGACAGCGGCGCCAAUACCCCACAAUUGCCCCCAGCAAGGGCCCCGGAGAAUGAGCGCCAGGUGAAUUCCAUUCCGCGCCUCGAUGAUGUGCACGGGGCUCCAAGUCCUCCCUCUAAGGUCUCUCCCCUCAAUCCUCACGUCGACCCUUCCCACAUGGAAGUUGACGUCCGCAGACAUCUCCCAUUACGCUCUUCUUCUCUCUUCCCUUCCACCGAUGCCUCCCCUUUCUCUGCCUUGCGCUCGUCCAUCUUCGUUCCAGACCAGGUGAAAGACCAGGAAAGGGAGGCUGGUGUUCAAUCACUGUAUACGCCGGGUGAUCCAGGUACGAGGUUUGACAGCCCAGACUCACCGACCGAACGCAGUCUUCUUCCAUCCGUACUAGACGAUGUCUCUCAUUCACCCCAGUCAUUGACGCCUGACUACGGGCGGCCGCCGCUGAGCCGAGAAGGCGUUUCCUUCGAUUCAUUCGCCGAAUCUUCUCGGGCCGUGGCUUUAGAGCCGAAUCCCAGUCGAGGCCGCCGUGGACGUGUGGAUAGUACGAUUGAGGCGAAUCUGAACAACGCGGAGCCUGCUUCCAACGUGCGCAGUCGUAAGUCCAGCCAUUACUUGGGCUUGUUCAAAGAGAAUACCACUUCACCAGAGCGGAAAAAAUGGGAGGACCAUUCCCGACAGCACGAUGAGGCCGCAGAAUUGUGGGAUCAUGCUAUGGAUCACAACAUGCAGACCUCAAAUCUGUCGGAGGAUAGUGGACUGAUUCGGAGGAGCAUCUCUCUUCCCUCCCUCGGGGAUGGCCCAUCGUUCGAAACACCAAAUGAAACUGAAUUACAGCAUCAGCCAGAGUCGGAGGGACCCUCGAAGCGUCGGCCGCCAGCUCUACCGCGCGGUCUUCUUGAAGAAAUCAGAAACUUCCAUUUGACUCCGGGGGGAGCCCGUGGUUCAUCCUUUUCCAGAAGCAUUCCCGCCCAGUAUUCGGAACGCAGCAGGAGUUAUUUCCAGAAAGAGCCUCAUAUUGAGCAUUUUGCCGAUUCGCUGAGCUCCGUUGAACAGGAUGAGCGACGGGAUUCGGCACAGUUCGAAGACGAGGGCAAUGAGCAAAUCAAGUCUGCCGUCUAUUUCCCUCACGAGCGUGUUGCCGUCUCCGAAGCGGUCAAUGACCCACGAUCAAUAGGACCGGAAUCGCAAGGCGUGCAGCCUAUGAAACUGUCUGCAACUGACAAGAGUCAUGGAUUGAUGUUAAUACCCCAACAACGUAGCCCUCCCCCCGAGCAAGAUGUUGGCUAUGUGGAUAUAUCCUUUCGAUCUAAAAAUGAAAGUAAGAUUCUCCAUGGUGAUCUUGCGCCACCCGAUGGUGUACCAGAGAAGCCUUUGGGCCCGAUUUCCGAGUACAGUUAUGAUUCCACCGCCGAAUCCGAUGCAUUUUCUGCCGAUGAAAGUGCAAAAUCGGUUGAUGAUUCCAGCUUGACUGACGAUGUGGAUGUUACGCCGACUGCUACUCCCACUCAGCAUUCACGUAUCCUGGAACGUCGCAAGCCAGCUGGGCCCCUUGGUGCUGUUGAGUUGAAGCCCUAUAGGCAUCAAGUGGGUGGUCACACAACUGUAUUCCGAUUUUCCAGGCGUGCAGUCUGCAAACAGCUCAACAAUCGAGAGAAUGAGUUUUAUGAACGCAUCGAACGAAGACAUCCAGACAUGUUACUUUUUCUCCCCAGGUACAUCGGUGUUCUGAAUGUAACCUUUUCGAAGACGCCCAAACGACCGAAAGAACAUACUGAAAAUGGCACUCACGAGAAUUUGGAAGCAAAACAAUCAAAUGGCAAUGGCGCCACUGGAAUGGAUUCUCAAAAACCAGGAGAGCCUCAGCGAAUUGUGAGCCAGAGUCAGGUCACUGGCGUAAUUCCUAAAGUGGUUCUUGAGAACAACCGCCACAUCAUCCCAGCUGAUCUCUUUUCGCGCCAACGAUCGAGGAAAUUGGAUGACUUUUCGAAUACCCGACCACAUUCUGCUGGUGGACUUGGAGAGCCGAGCUCAAGUCCUAACUCAUUGAGCAAUCAAGCAAAGAUAUGGGGAGCUACGACGGUCAACAGGAAGCUUCAGGAGCAGGUCCUUCGAGAGGUCUUCAGCCCUCCUGCCAUUCACCACCAUCGACGACAUGCCCGUGGACAUCUGCAUUUGUCCAGAACCACUUCGGAAAUAACUCGUCGGGGUGAAAACUUGUCUGAAGAUCAUACAUCUACUUUGCGUCCCUCCGGUCUUGGCAAAGUUCGUACUUUAAGGAGUCCAGCAAUGGACAUUGCGCGAUCUGAUCCUGAAGCCCCUGCUCUCUCUUCCUCCGCGUCCACAGCUUUGGAUGAAAAUCGUGAUCGCUUAGAGAGAGUGAAGACUGACGAUAAGCUUAACCGCGCAAACUCUCUCAACCGUGGUCAGCAUGUGCGAAGAAGACAUUCAGGCGGUGGCCUUCAAAGGCAAAGAAGUAUCGGUUCUGAGAAAAAGGGAGAGCUGAUGUUUUUCGAAGAUGACGGAUAUGGUGGAGAUAGAGAAGACGAAAUCUUCUCGAUGGAGGGCGAUGCACCUGCGUCUGCGGGUAUUCCACCAUCAGGGAGUUCUUCUACCUCGAAAAUUUCUGAAGACGCUCCCAGCGAACCUUCCACCACUGAGAAUCUGUCAUCUGACAGGAUAUCAGCUGCCUCUUCCCAGCUUAGGCCGGAGGAUGCUUUGACAGCCUAUUUGCCUAGUAAUCCAAAGGAAGCGCAGCUGAAAAAUGACGAACGAGUCCAGUUCUUCCUUCUCCUUGAAGAUCUCACAGCUGGUAUGAACAAGCCAUGCGUAUUAGACCUGAAAAUGGGUACCCGACAGUAUGGCAUCGAGGCGAAUGAGAAAAAGAAGAAAUCGCAAAGGCGCAAGUGUCAAUCAACAACUUCGCGGCAACUUGGAGUACGUUUAUGCGGCAUGCAAGCCUGGAACGUCAAGAAGCAGGAGUACAUCUUUGAAGAUAAAUACUUUGGACGCGAUUUGAAAUCUGGCCGUGAAUUCCAGGAUGCUCUCACCCGCUUCCUUUACGAUGGUGUCAGCUACACCAGCGUGGCCAAGAAGAUUCCCGGCAUUUUGGAGAAACUAUCACUGUUGGAAAACAUGAUCAGGAAACUAGAUCGUUAUCGACUCUAUGCCAGCAGCUUGUUGCUUUUGUAUGAUGGAGAGCCAGCCACUCCUCCACAAACCCCCAACCCAACUACUGACCCCACUUCCCGACCCCAAGCCAACGAAGAUGCCCAGAAGAAUAUCAAUGUUCGACUCAAGAUUGUUGAUUUUGCCAACUGCGUCACCGGCGAGGACGAAUUGCCCCCUGACACCCCUUGUCCACCACACCAUCCCAACGAUAUUGAUCGUGGUUACCUACGAGGCCUUCGCACGUUGCGCAUGUACUUCCUGCGUAUUAUGAACGAGGUCACGAAGGACGAAUUCAUUGAACGUGGUGAGGGGGAGGGCAUUGCGCUAGGCUCCCAACCCGCUGUUCGUGAGCAACCGUCCGAGCAAUAUGACGAGAAUGUGAUGGAAAGUGAUGCGGGUGAAGUCAGCUUCUGA